AUGAAGAUCCUAACCAAGGAAGAGGAGCAGGAGCACUACCGGGCUACGGUCACGGGUGGUCUCAUGGGUGGUGUUACUGGCACUGCCGCUGGAGCAUUGGGUGUCUACGGAGCGACAGCAAGAUACCCAACCUUCAGGGCAUUGACCCUGCCAUUCAAAGCGUUCUUGAUCGCCUCGUCCGGAACAUUCGCCGCCAUUAUCGCCGCCGAUUCAUACUCGCGAAGAUUCGAAGCCUCAAAACAUCCUGAAAAGAACUACCGAGAUGAGCAAGAGACUAUUCAGGAGCAGAUCGCAUCGCAGAGAACUACAAAGGAGAAGGCGAUGCAAUGGUGUGGCGACAACCGAUACAGUCUCGUCUUUGGCUCGUGGGUGGCAUCGAUAUCAGUGGCAAUGGGCAUCAUCAACCGCAACCCGUACCAGACGACUCAGCAGAAGCUCGUACAAGCUCGUGUGUGGGCACAAGGUGCUACUCUCGCCGCCGUGAUUAUCAGUUUAGCAUUCGAGGGGAGUGAUCGUAUGAGCAAGACUGGACGAUGGGAGACGGUUAAGAUACUGGAUCCCAACGACCCUGAGCACAAGCACUACAUUGAGAAGAAGAUCCACCACGAAAGGUACGCAGGUGAGGACCAAUGGAUGGAUAUGGUCGAGGCAGAGGAGCAACGAAUCAAGGAGAGGGAGCGUGCUGUUAAGGAACGCGAGGAGGCUGAUAAGAAGGCUGGAAAGGUCUCGAAGGCCACCAAGCAGCAUGCCAGCAACCUCGAGAAGGGCAAGCCUGAGGAGAGCAAGGAUGAGAAGCUCAAUGCUGCGUAG